GUUGGGCUUUCCCGCCCAGUUCAUGACCUCAUUGGAAGGCGGAGCGGGACGUCGGGAUCUUUGUCCUAACUAGAUUUCUGUUGCCCUGAGCAUGGCAGCUCCCCGUUCUGUGACUCCAGAGAAGCACUUCGAGCCAUCGCAGCCCCCAGUUAUUGAGGGCUUUAGUCCCACUCUCUACAGCAACCCUGAAGGCUUCAAGGAAAAGUUCAUUCGCAAGACCCGUGAGAACCCGAUGGUACCCAUAGGCUGUCUGGGUACGGCGGCCGCCCUCACCUACGGCCUCUACUGCUUCCACCGGGGCCACAGCCAGCGCUCCCAGAUCAUGAUGCGUACCCGGAUCGCCGCCCAGGGCUUCACUGUCGCGGCCAUCUUGUUGGGCUUAGCCGCCUCGGCUCUGAAGUCUCGACCCUGAGCCUGCCGCGGUGCCUUGAAAGCUCCACGGAGAUCAUUCCAAAACCCGGGAGCAACCAACACCCCUGCCAAAAGACUUACUGCCUCCUUCCCUUCCGAUCCCCUGUUGAUGCUGAGGAAGAAGGCCGAUUGUGACUUACAGAUGUUUUCAGAAAUCCCAGGUUCGCUUCAGUUUGGUUGGCAGACUUCUCUUUCUGCCUCAUCGCCUCCACUUCUUAUUUAAUAAACCCUUAAUCUACUUA